GGAUUCAGUUGGUGUUCCGGUUUCGGGUUGUGCUGUCAGUUGCCUUUUUCUCCGUGCACAGCCACCGAGAGAUUGAGUUCCAUCAGCGUAGUGUCGCGUCGCGUUGGUUGUGGUCUGUGUCCGUGUCAGUGUCCGUAUCAGUGUGUGCUGCUCGAGCGUGUGCGUGAGUGCGUGCGAGUGUGUGUGUGUGUGUGUGCCUCUGCCUGUGCCUGUUGUCUGUCGCUAACGGUGCGCGCGCGUGUAUCGGCGAGAGUGUGUGCGUGCGUGUACUGUGCACUACAAUGCCAUGUACAUAGAUACUAAUACAUGCCUACCACACACAUACAGACAUAGGAAUAAAUUAGAAAACGUUGCUCGAAUACUCCUGUGUACCACCAGACCAUCAGACCAUCAUACCAUCAGACAAGCAGCCUCGAGCUAUGGAUGACAGAACUAAAACAAACCGAAAACUAUAUAAAUAAAAAGAAAAAUAUACACAUAAUUUAAGGCUAAGCAAUAUUUAUUCUGAUUGAGUGAGAGAAAUUACAAAAAUCCAACAGUGCGCGCACAAAACCGAAAAUCGAAAACUGCGUGAAAAAUCUUUUAUCGUUCGACACUAAAAAACCCGAAACCAAUAUUACCGAAGCAAUGGAAAAAGGCUUAACAUAUAGACUAAAACAAAGAAAACUGCACAAAACCUAAACGAAAGAAACUAUAAGCAUUAAACAUUAACGAUGACAAAGAGAGAUAUUUUAAACAUAUUGUAUAUACUGUAAAAUUUAUUCGAACAAUAUACAUAAAAAAAGAAGAAGUAUUUGUGCACACAAGGAGGCGACAAAUGGAUUUUAAUACCUAUCAUUUGGACUCAGCAACAACCGAAACAAGAAGAAAUCACUUUGAAUGCAAAUUUUCUGUUAUAUAGAAAAUUGUUAUAAAAACGCAGCGAGUGCUGCUUUAAUUUUCAAUAAGCAGGCGAAACACGCACAAGAUUGAUAAAGUAAAUACCAAAGAAAACAAAAGAUCUACUGUGGAAAUUUGUUCACUUUAAAUUUAAUUGAAUCAUUCGAUCCACUCGAUACAUAGUCGUAAUGUGCAUAUUCCGAUAAUCGCAUAUAACUCGCAUCUAAGAUAUAAUCAUUAUUGAGAUAAAAUUACUGGCAUUACAUUCAUGAAAUCUCAAGAGGUCGCGGCAGACAAAUUUGAUAAAUUAUUUGUAAGCAAAAAAAUAAAACAAAUUUAAUAAAUAAAACAAUAAAUGGAGCAUUUCUAAUAACAACUAUUCACCUAGAUCAACUAAAUAUUUAUAUACCAAUCGGAUCGCCUAGUUAUAUUGAUUGCAAAAUCAAACAGGAACACAGAAGAGACACAAAUUUUGGGACACAGCACAGAGGAGCAACAGAGGAUUAAAAGCAGUAAACCAAAUGCUACGAAGCACUGCCAUAUACAAAUACAAAUACAACUGCAAGUGAUUGCACGGCGAGGACUACCAUUUGAAUCGCUCGUCAUUUAUAACUAAGGACAUACAAAAAUGUAGAAUAAGAAGCAACUGAAGGAGAGGAAAUUUUACAAAAUCAGAGACUACGGACAAAAGAGACGGAAAAAGUGACAUUGGAAGAAUAGAAACGGAAACAGCAACAAAUUAGGAACUUGUUUUUAGAAAAAUUCACAAAAAACACGAACAGAUAUGAAAUAAUAAUUUACAAGACUCUCUGUCUACCACUUUUCCAGCCAAAGGAAAAGCAGAAGCACAAGCAAAAGCAAAAGCACGAAAACCGAAGCUGAAGUGUAAACUUUUAUUAUAGGCAAACAAAAGAAAAGAAAAGCAAAGAAAACGCUCUUAGGGUUGUAAAGGAAACGAGCAAACAAAAGGAGAGCCGUAAUAAUAUUGCAGUGGAUGGCAAACAAUAAAACGCAUACUCGCCAUAUUGAUAAAAGUGAAACGUUGAAAAUCUCAUAGUAUUAGGUAGUGUUAAGGACAACCAAAGCGAACAAAGUCGGGGAAAAUGUAAGCUGCAGCAGCUGGAUAACGCAGAAAAAUCCUAAAAUUAAAUUAUUACAAUCUAGCAGAAGGUAGUGGAAGGCAGACACAUAUCCGCUGGCAACAACCAACACGAGAGAGACUAUGAAAAAUGCACAACUGAAGCUGAGUGACGUUGACGAUGACGAGCUGUGGCUGGCAGUUAGAUUAGCACAGUGCAGCAGCAGCAGCAGCAGCAGCAGCAGCAGCAGUAGCAGCAUCUGCAGAAGCAGCAAGAACAACCAGCAACUUUCCCAACUGCAACUAAGGAGCUUAAGUACAAAACACUACAGCAAUAUUGCAGAGCAGAAGACGCGAGCAGCAGCACGGCAGCAGCAAAAUGUAGCCUGCAACGCGAGCAACAAUGGACAGCAACAGUCGCUAGGCAGCAACAUGUUGUCGCCACAGGCAGCAGCUGCAGCGCCAGCAGUGGCAGCAGCAUCAGGAGCAUCAACAAAAGAAACAGUUUCUAGCGGCAAUCAUGCAACAACCCAACAACAGACAAACAUAAGACUGUGCGCACGCAAGCGACAAAGGAUGCGUCGGCGACGAAAAAGAAAACCAGAAACAGCAGCAGCAGCGUCAGCAGCAGCAGUUGCAACGGAAUUCGAAACAGAAAUAGUAGAAACAUCUAGCAAUAUCAAUAUUAGCAACAAUCUAUGGCCGACAGAGACCUAUAUGCAGUACCGAAGCAGCAACAAUCCAUCAAUAAUACAGGACUUCUCGCCAGCAACAUUCAGCUGCCUGCUGCAAGUGUGGCUCAUGUCGCUGCAACAGAGAGCGGAAGUCCUGCUCAGAGGUAUCGUGACCAGCACCACCGCCAUCAUUUCCUACUUAAGCAGAAUUGCACCACUGUUGAGAAGAAGAGGCAGACAGGGCAGCAACCAAAGCACCAGCAGCAGCAGUAGCAGCAGCCACAGCCACAGCAGCAGCACGCAAAUAAUUAACGGACUUAAUAAACACUCAUGGAUAUUUUUAUUGAUAUAUUUGAAUUUAUCUGCUAAAGUUUGCCUAGCAGGAUAUCAUGAAAAGAGACUGUUACAUGAUCUUUUGGAUCCUUAUAAUACACUAGAACGUCCCGUUCUCAAUGAAUCGGACCCGUUACAAUUAAGCUUUGGUUUAACUUUAAUGCAAAUUAUUGAUGUGGACGAGAAAAAUCAAUUGCUUGUCACGAAUGUGUGGCUGAAACUGGAGUGGAACGAUAUGAACCUCCGCUGGAACACCUCCGACUACGGGGGAGUGAAGGAUCUUCGCAUACCGCCGCAUCGCAUCUGGAAGCCGGACGUGCUGAUGUACAACAGCGCCGACGAGGGAUUCGACGGCACCUACCAGACUAAUGUCGUGGUGAGGAACAACGGGUCGUGUCUGUAUGUGCCGCCGGGAAUCUUUAAGUCGACAUGCAAGAUAGAUAUCACGUGGUUUCCCUUUGACGAUCAGCGUUGCGAGAUGAAGUUCGGCAGCUGGACCUAUGAUGGAUUUCAGCUGGAUUUACAAUUACAAGAUGAAACUGGCGGUGAUAUCAGCAGUUACGUGCUCAACGGCGAGUGGGAACUACUGGGUGUUCCAGGCAAGCGUAACGAGAUCUAUUACAACUGCUGCCCGGAACCGUAUAUAGAUAUAACCUUCGCCAUCAUCAUCCGCCGAAGAACGCUCUACUACUUCUUCAAUCUGAUUAUACCCUGUGUGCUGAUUGCUUCAAUGGCUCUGCUGGGAUUCACUCUGCCACCGGAUUCGGGUGAAAAAUUAUCGCUGGGUGUUACCAUCCUGCUCUCGCUGACCGUGUUUCUCAAUAUGGUUGCCGAGACAAUGCCGGCCACAUCCGACGCGGUGCCUCUGUUAGGUACAUAUUUCAAUUGCAUAAUGUUUAUGGUAGCUUCAUCCGUUGUGUCAACGAUUUUAAUAUUAAAUUAUCAUCAUCGAAAUGCUGAUACGCACGAAAUGUCCGAAUGGAUACGCAUCGUAUUUUUAUGCUGGUUGCCUUGGAUACUACGAAUGAGUCGCCCGGGACGACCACUGAUCCUGGAGUUCCCGACCACGCCCUGCUCGGACACGUCGUCUGAGCGCAAGCAUCAGAUACUCUCCGAUGUCGAGCUGAAAGAGCGCUCCUCGAAAUCGCUGCUGGCCAAUGUUCUGGACAUCGAUGAUGAUUUUCGCCACAAUUGUCGCCCCAUGACGCCAGGCGGAACACUGCCACACAACCCAGCCUUCUAUCGCACGGUUUAUGGACAAGGCGACGAUGGGAGCAUUGGGCCAAUUGGCAGCACUCGAAUGCCAGAUGCGGUCAGUCAUCACACGUGCAUCAAAUCAUCAACAGAAUAUGAAUUAGGUUUAAUCUUAAAGGAAAUUCGCUUUAUAACUGAUCAGCUACGUAAAGAUGACGAGUCAAAUGACAUUGCCAAUGAUUGGAAAUUUGCAGCUAUGGUCGUUGACAGACUGUGCCUUAUCAUAUUCACAAUGUUCACAAUAUUAGCCACAAUAGCUGUACUACUAUCAGCACCACAUAUUAUUGUCUCGUAGCCAUAUGGGCGAGGUGGUUAUUGUUAUUGGUUUUAUUAUAAAAUCAAUUUGUUAAUUAUUAAAUUAAUAACGAAACUUUUUAAGUAAAUUAAAACCAAAAGGAAAACUCUAAAAACCACAAAAAAAAGAGAAAAACACUUGAUAUAAAUACCAUUGACUAAAUAAUACUAACAGAAAAAAAACUAAAAAAAAAAAAUAAACAAAAUCUUGUCUUUAAAAUACAAUAAUUUAAAUAUAAACAAGAGAAAUCGUUUAAAGAAAGUCUUUCGUAAAAACCACAUACACAAAAAGAGACUUAAAAAAAUCAUGUCCUAAAAAUGUUUACAAAUUUUUAAUUCCAAUUUUCCCAAUUCUUUACAAAACCAAAAAAAUACCAAAAAACUGAUUAAAAAUUAAGUUUAAAAAGAGUAUCCCAAACCUCACCGCCAUACACAACAGACAUUUUCUUUCAUUCUUCCACUGACUAUACUAUACAGAUACAUAUACUUGUAUAUGUAAUUAAUUAGAAUCAAAACGGGUAUAUUUUCUUUUAUAUUUUGUAUAUUUUAAAAAGCAAGACAAAUUUUCGGAAUUUUUUUUUUUGGAUACACUUGAAAAUAUUAUGCAGUUGUUCGAAAGUCUCCAGAAGGGCAAGAUACCCCUCUUGGAAGACUUCAUUUUGUGAGCUUUAUAGUGAAAAAUUGUAGAUGAAAAUAAAUUCCAAUAUAUAUUACUAUGUGAAUGUAUGUACAUGAGAUCGGAGCCCAACGUUUUUGGAUCCACUGAAGAAUAAUAACUAACCAGAAUAUUAAUCUUCGUAAGCGGCAUUGAGGUCAGUCCAUGGAAGUCAAUUCCAAGAAACCUUUCUGCUAACUAUGUAGACACUUAGGGAAAAUACAAAACUCAGCCACCCUUCUCCUCUCUAGAUAAAACUGCAUUUCCAAAACAGAACCAAUUAACCUAACAUAUCCACUACUACGUAAAUUUAGAUCCCUCCCCAUUUUACUUUUAUGUUGAACAGAACCCGAUAGGAUAAUAAACACAAGAACCCAACACCCAACACCAAAAAUCCCCUAAAAACCAAACCUCUUAAAGCAAACCAAAACCAAUAGAAUAACCCAUCCAAAUUGGAAUUAGAAAAGAAUUCACAAAAGUUUAACUACGAAAAAAAACGAAAGCGAGAUAUAUGACGAAAAAGAAAAUGAAAACAAGAUUUAUCCAGUGAUUUUGAGUGAACCAGCCCAUUGCGCUCAGCAGAUGGAAUGUGUCCCAUAGAUGGCAUUCCAUCUCGACUGGCGCUACAUCGAGGCACAUUUGAUUAAAUUUAAUGGUUGCGAGCAAUAAUAUCUGCGUGUUGAUGAAUUGCAUGAUUUUUUGGUGAUGCAAACGAUGAUCGAGCGAAUUAUUGCGUGGACCCAGGUCUCGGGCAAGAGCUCGCUCCUUUAUCGCAGUGAGAACAGCGAAACAUCGUACACAGUCUAACUUUUGGUAUUUAUAUGAGUUGUCUAUGAUUUGUGAUAUUUAUUUUUUUGAUUUUAAAUUGAAUACUAAAAGUUUAUACACUGUACAAACACCAGAGGCAAUUCAUUACAAACAAAAAGCUGAACAAUGAAAAAAAAGCGAGGCAAGUCGGACAAAUACGACAAAUACAAAAAUAUAUAUACCAAUAACAAUGAACAUCACAAGACCAUAGAACUCAAAACAUGCCGGUGCAUGGGUAAUUAUGUGCUUCGCUUCAGUAUUGAGCGCACAAAACAUACAAAUACAUACUUGAAAACGAAAAAAAGAACAAAGAACGAACAGCUACAAAAGGACAACCAACACAUAUACUCGUAACCCAAGGAGCUUUAUACAAUUAUAUACAUACUCGUAUGAUUGAGUCGAUCUCUGCGAUCGGGAGUCAGUCUGCCCAAAUCCAAAAUCUCUCAUACAUUUGAUACAUAAGUCCACUAGCAAAUACUCGACUGUCGGAUGACUCUUCUAUCCCUAGAGUAUGAUCUUACAGUAUGUUACUGUGUGCUAACUAGCCAAGCACACAAUUUCCACAACUAAACUAAAUAAAUAACACAUGCAAGAAAAUCUUAAAAAUUAACAUGGCAUGGGAGUCGGUUGAGCAAAUGCUAGGACCAAGACGGGGGAGAAACUCUGACAGAUCUUCCUUUACAGACCCGAAGAAGGUCCCAGGCCAGAGACUUUUCCUUCCUUGACUCCUUGCCAUUUUCUCGACUCGAGAGCCCAUGACCUAAUCGAACGAAUGAAAUGAAAAAUUGAGUUUGACUAAUUUCACACAGCAUUUUCUUUCCACACAAAAGAAAACGUUCAACAUGGAAUUAAUUUUUUAAUUUUUAAGUUACAGUUAUUCUGCUUCUAAUUGUAAAUCUUGUGCAAUGAAAACAAUCAGAAUUUUUCUUUGAAUAUAAAAUAAACUAAGCGAAAUAUAAACUGAAACUGAUACAAGCAAAAAAAAAAUACAACAGCAACAGCAGAGAAAAAAACAAACAACAAAAACAAUAAUUUGCAAGAAUAAAUAAUGGAAAAUAUGAUAAGUAACUAAACGAAGUAACAGAACUUAGUCUAAGCAACACAGAUUACACAGAAACAGAUACAGACACAGACCGAGGAACUAGAGCGAGUAGCUGUAGCUGUAAUUAAGAUUCUAUCCAAAGAGCUGAAAAAACAGAGAUUCGAGUACAACCACAACAGAACAGCUAGCAAUAGUUUUAAGACAAAGACAAAGACAAACCAAACGAGGAUAUUGAGAAACGGUUCUACUCGUAUUCGGAUUAUUUUUAAUUUUAAAUCAGUUUGGUUUUUAGACAAUUUUGAAGCAAUUUUAUAUCGAAUUUUGUAUGCCAGCCAUUUUAUAGCUAUAUAAACAUUUGAUUAAACCUUUCCAUUUCUGGUUUAACGUUUUUUUCGGGACAGUUUAAAUUUGUAUGUAUAAAUAAGGAUUAGCUUUUGAUAAACGAUAAAUGGGGUAACCGAAAAUGUAUGUGGAAUGGAGAUAUUUUGAUGAAAGGUGAAAUUCUAUGUAUAUUUUGUUAGAUUCCUACCAGAUCAGCGCGAAUACAAAUAGAUCAGAGACAGAAACAGAUAGACAGGUUUUGUGGGGAUUUUUGUUCGUCUUUUUGAUAUGGAUAUACGUUUAUUUUGUAUGCUUUUCCAACGUGAACGUCAGUGAGAACAAUUAACGAUAGAUUUCAAUCCUACGCAUAAGAAUAUCUACAAAUAGAGAACAUAGCAACAAGCUGCCAGCAUGAGAAAUAAAAACAAUAACUAAUUUUAAAUAUUUUAUACAUUUCCAUCAUUUGUGCUCAUUUCAAAAAACAAACAAAAAAGCGAGUCAGAAAGGAGGAAACAAACCAAAACACUCAAACAGCCGUGGACAAAUUUCAGCCAGCAGUCGAUACGGGAUAAUUUUCAACAUUCAAUUAGCUGAAGUUGAAGGAGAGUCUACACAUAAGCAAUUUUUAAACGAAAUGUCACCCAAGUAAAAAAUAGAUUUAGAAAAUAGUGAGGCCCCACCAGGUGGAGGUGGAGGUGGAGAUGGAGGCAGAGAUGGUGGUGGAGGAACCUAAUCGAACAUAUUAUUCACAUCCAGACAACUGGGAAAAGUUGGCUGGGAUUAAUACUCGAACUAAUACAUUUCUAGGGCGUAAAAAGGACAGUUGGAACGGACAGUGGAAGGUGUUUCUUUCAUCAUACAUACAUAGGUACAUUAAAAUGAUAUUCAUUGUAUGUGUGUAUGUGUGAGUGCAGACAUAUAUAUACUUCUUUUUUACACUGGCAAACAAGUAUAGAGUAUACAUACAUAUAGCAUACAUGGUAAUACAUAAUACAAGAAAAUAUUUGAAAGCAAAUGAAACUUUUUCCUACAACUAGUUGCAUUUAAAUGAAUUUUAAAAAAUAUACAUAAAAGUAUAUAUUUAUUAAAACCAAAACAAAAACCAAUGAAACACAAAAACCAACUCUUUCUCUACUAAAAACAAAACCAACAUACAGAAAAAGAAACGCAAAAAAAAUAAAAUAAAACUUUAAUAUAACAUUUAAUUAGACAUUUAAUAAGGGUUCAAUGAAAACCGAGUCAAAAGAGAAGCAUCGUAAACUAGUAAAUAUUUAAAUUAAAUUAAUUUUAAAAAGUGAAGAACAAAACAUAAAACAAAAGAGAAGCGCUGAUUUUUUAUGUCGUUAUUAGUAAUUAAAUUUAAAUAAUUGCAUAUAAAGAAAACAUACAGAAAUAAAUGAAAAAACCAAAAAUAUAUGAUAAUAAAAACUAGAAGAAAAUUGACAAAUUGGUCAUUUUGACCUAGUAAAUUAUAGAACAAAAUAAAACCAAAAUUGAAAGUAAACCAAAACAAAAAAACCAAAAAAAGAACAUAAGAUGGAACCCCGAGAAAACGAUUGUAAAAUUUUAAUUAUUAUUAUUCAAUAAUAAAUACAAAAAGGAAAGAUUUGACAGAAAUACAAACAUAUACAAUUAGGUUUUAUUUCAAUCCAUAUUCCAACUUCAACACGUAAUUACCCGUAAUUGGAUCCCGGAGAGAGGAUCCUGAUGCUCAAGACCAAAACGAAAACGAAAACGAAGACCAAGAUGAAGCCGCCUUCAAAAGUCGGAAAGGUAAAUUGUGUCUCGUCCUAGACAUAAGCUGAUAAUUAAGAUAUAGGCAAUGUACAAUAGAACGAGUACACUAUUACGCUAAUGAUGACACCAAGCACAUAUCUGACCAAUGUAAAUAUGUACAGAUGUUCAGUCAAUCAAUAUUCAUAAAAUCCUAUUUCAUAGCAUCAUGAAUUCAUUGCAAAGCGACACUUGACACAUUGUACAAACCAAAGCUUAAUUUACUUAGUCAUAGAAAACAAGCGAACAUUAUAACCUGAAGCAAAAACAGGGCAGCACAUUGCUCUGAUAUCAUAACAUAUAUUCAAAGUGUUAAAAUUUCCCGUCUGACUAUCAAGAAAUAGAAGCUUGCAAAUUUUACUAACGAAAAAUUCUGAUUCCCUGCGCAGUUUGUCAACAACCAGCUGAAAGUUAAAUUCAAAUCCAGUCGUUCCUUUACGAUCUCCUUAUAACAGAAAUAACUAUAAAACAAAAACAUAUGUAUAUCCAGCUAGCCAAUGCCAAUCAACAGAUCUUACCCUCGAAUAUCGAAUAGCAGAAGGGAUGCUGCGUGUAUGUAUGACCAGUGUUUUACCAAAUCUCAUUUUUAUUAAACAACAACCAACAAUGGGAAGUUGACAUACUGUUUUCGAAAGAAAUACUUUCCUAUUUAAUCGAAGCUUUCGGCAUGAUUUCUUUAUAUCCCACCGCUAUUUAUCCAAAAUCUUCACUCUAAUUAGACCACAUUUUCUCAAAAUUUUUACAAGAUUCCCCUAUAAUCAAGUCAGAUUUCCCAAUACUCCUGCAUUGUUUUUGACUUAGUUUUUGGCAUGUUCAAAUCCCCCUUUAGUUGUUACUAUGAUUAAAUUUAUUAACGUAUUGACGUCUAAUUUUCCCCUUGACUGCUAACUUAUUUGCGAGUAUCUCGGAGACAUGGAAGCGAAAAUAUCGUGGACAACGUUGGACACGUGCAAUUGCAGUAUACUGGAGUAUGGAACAUCAUUUAUAAUUAAUCUAUAGUAUAAAAAAGUGUGUUUUAAUUUUAUCUUUGUUAAGAUGUUUUUGCGUACAUCGUAUUCGGGUACAAAAAUGUAUAUUUAUAAUUUUGUUUUAAAUAAAAUUUGUAACGUUUUGAAAAACAAUGUGUAUCACAUAGACAAUAAUGACACACUACAAUUCUCUUUAGUUCUUUAUUACAAGUAAGACCACAUGUCACCCAGUCAGUUCCCAUCGGGAUAUAUGAACCAGACUACAAUUCAAGCUUUGACUGAUCUAUUCCAUAUAUUUAUAUUUAAUAUAAAAUCAAUCAAUAUAUGUAAAAAUAAAAAAGGAGGGUACAUACACACAUACUAAAUGCGAGUACGAAUCAUCCUUCACAUAUUCACCAA